AUUGGCUGCAUCUACAAAAUCAUUGCUAAAAUAUUAGCAAACAGAUUAAAGAAAGUGAUGGGCCUGUUAAUUGGCCUUCACCAAUCAGCAUUUAUUGAAGGCAGGCAAAUCACUGAUGGCAUUAUCAUACUUAAUGAGAUGGUUGAUGAAGCCAAGAACAGCAAAAAGCCAAUUUUGAUCUUCAAAGCAGACUUCGAGAAGGCAUACGACAGUGUAAAUUGGAACUUCCUCAAUAGCAUGAUGAAUAAGCUAGGAUUGUGCCCCAAAUGGAGAAAUUGGAUUCAAGAGUGCAUUUCAUCAGCAACGGUCUCAAUCUUGGUAAAUGGCAGUCCCACUGAAGAGUUCCUAAUGGAGAAGGGACUUCAACAAGGGGACCCCUUGGCUCCAUUCUUGUUCCUCAUAAUUGCAGAAGCUCUAAACGGGCUAAUACUAAAAGCAGUGGAAGACAACUUGUUCAAGGGUGUUGAAGUGGGGAAAAGUGGCUUGAAAAUCUCACACCUCCAAUUUGUGGAUGAUUCUAUAUUCCUUUGUGAAGCAAUUGAUCAGAAUGUGGCGACAUUAAAGAGUGUUCUAAGAUGCUUUGAAUUGUUAUCAGGCUUAAAAGUAAACUUCUUCAAGAGCUCCCUCAUAAGACUGAAUGUUGAAACGAAUGACCUGGAUAAGUUUGCAGAGAAGCUGAAUUGUGUUACAGGCCAAACUCCCUUCAAGUAUCUAGGGGUGUUGAUUGGUACAAACCCGAAAAGAACAUCAACAUGGACCUCGAUGGUAGAUACCAUGCGAAAGAGACUGUCAAACUGGAAGAGGGAUUUGUUGUCUUUCGACAAACGCAUCAUUCCUCUGAAAUCUGUCAUCUCAAACAUCCCCGUCUACUACUUCUCAACCCUCAAAGCACCAAAACAGUCACGUGUUCUGCUUAUCUUCUUCUCCUUCCCGACCUUGCCUCCCGAAAACCUCCCCCACAGCCACCGACACACUCUUCUUGAGAAAAACCGGUAAGAGCUUGAAGUUUUCUCCUUCUUUCUUGUUCUAGGAUUGGAAGUGAACCCAGAAAUCCCCCCCUUCUGCAGAUUUUCGGAUCUGCUCUGCUCUGCUCUGUCCUUCCGCAAGCUGCUCUUGUCGGUGGAGUGCUUCCCGGUUUUUCUGCCUCUCUGACCGCCUGACCCAGCUUUUGCUUGCCGGAAAAUUCUGGUAAGUUGCCAGCUCCUCCAAGUCCAAUUUAUCCAUGUAGUUGCUGCCUUGUGUUGAUUGGAUUUUCUGCUUUUGAAUUGCCCUUUUUGCUGUCCGAAAAUGGAAGAAAUUUAGGUGAAAUUGUGCUGGAAGGUGGAAUGAAUUUUGGUAGCUUUAAGUGGGUUUUGUUUAAUUUAAGUGGAGGUUAGCUUGAGUUGGUUGCUGUGAUGUUAAUUGUGAAAGAAUCUUAUGACAUUCUGUGACUUGUUGUUUUGGCCAAAGCUCGGUUUCUCCAUAGCUAUCCGUGGAAUUGGAAACCAUUUAUAUUUGUGAUUGUGUAUAUAUAUAUAUACAUAUAUACACACAAUCCGAUUGUGAUGCCCAAAAUUGGAUGAAAUAAAUAAAUAAAGAAAAGAAAUAAAAUUUCCUUAUGGGGUUAAUUGUCGGUAACAUUAGAAAGGAUUAAAUAGGUAGUUUUUAUAUGGUUAUUAAUUCUGGGGUAUUUUGAUUAGGUUCUUGAGUGUUCUAUCACCCGAGCACUUGGCUUGAGUUCCCAGUAUUACAGAUUUGAGGUAGUGAUACCCGACACGUGGGGAGCCGGGGGAGUGACGAGCUAGACAGCUAGGCAUUAUUUUGGAUUUAGAUCUUUUGGAGUUAGGCCGCUAAUCUCACAUGGUUGACUCAAAUAACCAUUUUUGUGUACAGAGUUUCCUUGGUUACAGCCAUGACCGUUUAUAAACUUUUGUAUAUCUGGAAUAGUAAAGUUUUUGGAAAUGG